AUGGCAAAAAAAUGGGCAAUUGAAAAUGUAGAUAAGUUGUUAAAAGAUGUCAUGGGGAAUGAUAAAGAUUUUGAUGGAAAAGUCAUCGUUUUUGGAGGAGAUUUCAGACAAGUAUUGCCGGUUGUUCCUAAAGCUACAGUCUACCAGACUAUAUUAGCAAGUUUGGUUAAUUCUUAUUUAUGGGGCAGAAUGAAAAAGAUCACUUUGUCCAUAAAUAUGAGAUCAUCAAAGAAUGAUCCACAAUUCAUCAAAUUCUUACUAAGUGUUGGAAAUGGUGAAGAACCGAUGGAUGAUGAAGGUAAUAUCAAAAUUCCAGAUGAUAUGGUAAUUGAGUAUGACAAUGAAGAAAAUUCUUUGAAAAGACUUAUCGCAGCCAUUUUUCCGAGUUUAGCAAGGAAUGCAUAUUCGGCGGAGUACAUGACGAAUCGAGCAAUAGUAACGCCAAAAAAUGAGCAUGUGGAUAAGCUGAAUGAUAAGUUGAUAUCCAUGUUUCCUGGAGAAGAACAAAUUUUCAACAGUUUCGAUGAAGCUAUUGACCAGACAAACAUAAACUAUGACGUCGAUUUUUUGAACUCUUUGACUCCAAAUGGAUUACCUCCACAUAAGUUGGCCUUGAAGAAAAAUUGUCCAAUAAUUCUUUUAAGUCUAACAAAUACGCAUCUUUAG